AUGCGCCGCAAGAAGCGUGAGCUGAACGUCAAGGAGAAGCUGCGCCUUCUGCAUGCUGCGAUGGCCGACUAUGACUCCCAGGUAGAGGAACUGUUGCCCUUUUUCGUCAGCAACACGGAGAGAGACCGGGCAGAGAAGAGGCUUUCAGAGCUUCAGUGGGGCAUUCAAGACACGGCCGAGGGGAAAGAAAUGAAGCAGAGAUGGAAGAUGGAAAGGUUGCGAAGAGCGCCUACGCGCCAGUCCAAGGACAUCUCCAUCUCGCUGUCCCCAGGCAUGCGACUCAUGUUGCGGCCAUCCGGGCUUGGGAACUUUCAGCUCUUCUCGCGCCGCAAGGUUGGACCAAACCAGAACCCCAAUGAGGUCGCCCUAGGCAUUCACAACGACGGCAAGGUGAUUGACGUCUACAACAACAAGCCCCACCCACCGCUAAUCAAGCUCCAGCCAACGAUCGCGAUCGAGCUGAGUGCUAGCUGA